AUUGCUAUGCUACCUUCUGCCCUUCUCCUCUUGUGAAUGUGAAUUUGACACGUCCGAGCCUGCCGAGAGGUUGUUUACAAAUUGUUGUAAUCGUUGCUUAAACAGUUGUAUGUAUGUAUUUGUUUACCACAUAUUUAUUAACAUGGGGACAAAAUCGAGCCGCGCUGUGCUGAAGAGUCAUGACGACGCUCGCCUAUCAAUAAUAAACGUCUGCUAAUAGUUAGCACUAGUCAGACAAACCCUCCCUAAAGAGGACUAAGCGCAGAAACGAGUGAUCAUCAUCGGAUUUUCCUCCGAUGAGCCAAUCUCACCACGGGGCUCCUGAGCUAUCCCCUGCAAGUAGCAGCGGUUCACUGUCGUGCAAAACCUGCACUUCGUCAUGAAAAGGGUCUGUGUUGUGAACAUUAUGGUGCUGUCUGCUGUCCGAGCGGCAUGAGAUAUGCACUUAUCUGAGCAACAGUGACAGGCCCCCCGGCUCAGAUUGAAUAUGACCAUGAAGUCUUCGUCUGAGUCCCAACAGGAGACCGAGACCACUUUGCACCCUGCAGACUUGAGAGAGAUCCAUCCCACCUCUGCAGCAGCCAUAGCGUCCGGUGAUGACGCCGUCUUUCUGACGCCAGGCAGGAUGAGCCAGCGCCAGGUGAAGGAACGGGACAAGGAGAAGGACAAGGAGGCAGGCCUCCAAACACCCAGCCGGGAACAUAUCGCCUCUCCCUCCUCGCUCAGCUCGGGCGUCAGCUACAGCCACGGUUUCGAGAGGGGGAAGGAGGAUGUUUUGUCGCUGCCUUUGAAAGAGGAUUCGCUUUCCAUAUCCAAGAGCAAGUCGGAAACCAAGCUGUACAAUGGCUCCGACAAGGACGUGUCCGCGUCUGGAGGCAAGCUCACCAAGAAGGAGUCCCUCAAGGUCCAAAAGAAGAACUACAGGGAAGAGAAGAAGAGGGCGACAAAAGAGCUGCUCAGUACCAUCACUGACCCUUCUGUCAUUGUCAUGGCCGACUGGCUGAAGAUCCGCGGAACCCUGAAGAGCUGGACCAAGCUGUGGUGCGUGCUGAAACCGGGCGUCCUGCUCAUUUACAAGACCCACAAGAACGGCCAGUGGGUGGGCACGGUGCUGCUCAACGCCUGCGAGUUGAUCGAGAGACCCUCCAAGAAGGACGGCUUCUGCUUCAAGCUCUUCCACCCCCUCGAGCAGUCCAUCUGGGCCGUCAAGGGCCCCAAAGGGGAAGCGGUGGGCUCCAUCACUCAGCCGUUACCCAGCAGCCACCUCAUCUUCCGUGCGGCGUCCGAGUCUGAUGGUCGUUGCUGGAUGGAUGCCUUGGAGCUGGCCUUGAAGUGCUCCAGCUUGCUAAAAAGAACCAUGAUCCGCGAGGGCAAAGAAGACAUGAGCACGGUGGCCUCUGGCGGAGAACAUUCCCUCAACUUUUACAGCCUCCUGCGUGCCCACAACAUGCACGGAUUCCAGUUCAACGAUAGCGACCAUUUGAAAGACCCGGACCUCUACUCCGAUAAGUCCGACCGGGAGGGCGAGCCGGACCACGAGGAGUCGGACCCGGAAGGUCUGGAGAAGAGCGAGGAGAGCGACAGCGACACGUCGGAGCGCCAGGACGACUCGUACGUGGACAUGGACCCCAACGAGCACGUGCGGGAAACGUCCUACCUCGAGCAGUCCCACGAGGAACUGGGCGAGGCAGGCGAGGCUGCCCAGACCGAAACGGUGUCGGAGGAGAACAAAUCCCUGAUCUGGACUCUCCUGAAGCAAGUGCGACCGGGUAUGGAUCUGUCCAAAGUGGUCCUGCCCACGUUUAUCCUGGAGCCGAGGUCCUUCCUGGAUAAACUUUCCGACUAUUACUACCAUGCGGACUUCCUUUCUGAGGCUGCGGUGGAGGAGAAUGCUUACAACCGGAUGAAGAAAGUUGUCAAGUGGUACAUCUCUGGGUUCUACAAAAAGCCAAAGGGCCUGAAAAAGCCUUACAACCCCAUUAUCGGCGAGACUUACCGCUGUAUGUGGCUCCACCAAGAGACCACCAGCAAGACCUUCUACAUUGCAGAACAGGUAUCCCAUCAUCCCCCCGUGUCAGCAUUUUACGUCAGCAACAGGAAAGAUGGAUUCUGCCUCAGCGGCAGCAUCCUUGCCAAGUCCAAGUUCUACGGAAACUCCUUGUCGGCCAUAUUAGACGGCGAAGCUCGACUUACUUUCCUAAACCGGGGAGAGGACUAUGUGAUGAACAUGCCCUACGCUCACUGUAAAGGCAUUCUGUAUGGCACCAUGACUCUGGAGCUGGGUGGUCAGAUCACCAUUGCGUGUGAGAAGACAGGCUACAGUUCUCAGCUGGAGUUCAAACUUAAGCCGUUCCUGGGAAGCAGCGACAGUGUCAACCAGAUCUCCGGAAAGAUCAAGCUGGGGAAGGAAGUUCUGGCAACUCUCGAGGGACACUGGGACAGCGAGAUCUUCAUCAACGAGAAAAAGACGGGAACAGUGGACACUUUCUGGAAUCCAACACCGGACCUGAGGCAGAGCCGACUCACCCGCUGUACCGUCCCACCCGAGGAGCAGGGGGAGUUUGAAUCAGAAAGACUGUGGCAGCACGUGACGAGGGCAAUCAACAACAAGGACCAGACGGAGGCCACCAACGAGAAGUUCAUCCUCGAGGAAAGCCAGAGGAAGUCGGCGCGGGAGAGGAAAGCCAAGUGCGAGGAGUGGAACCCCACUCUGUUCGAGCAGGAUCCCAUCACUGGAGAGUGGCAUUAUAAAUAUGCUGACACAAGGCCGUGGGACCCCCUCAAUGACCUGAUCCAGUUCGAAAAAGACGGUUGUAUCCAGACCAAGGUCCGACACCGCACCCCUAUGGUACGUUCUGGCAGUCUUAUUAGUCUGAGUAACCAGGGGUCGCGGAGGGACAAUUGCAAGUGCCAGGUCACGGUGCCAAAGAGGAAACACAAGAGCGACAAGCCUAAAAGCCCAGAGAGCGGCUGCUCUUCGCCCGAACUCGACCGCCAGGACUCCUCUGGAAGCGAACGACACAAGAGCAAACACAACAGCCGUCUGCGCAAGAAGGGCACAGACCUCAGUGAACUUCAAAGUGCCAUUGAAUCCAUAAAGCAGGCGCAGCAGGACAUCAACAGGAGCAUCUGUGCGUUGCGGAGUCGCACGGCAGGCCGGGCGGAGGGCACCUCCUUUCUCCAGCAGCGCGACUACGUCAUCAUUGUGGCCCUCAUCGUCCUGCAGGUGGUCAUCAACUAUGUCUUCAAGUAGCAGCCAUAGCGGACAGACUUAUCACAUACGCACUCCAGUGGCGGUAACUUCCUUUUUUCCCCCUUCCUCGGCAUCAUCCUCAAUUGCAUUUCUCGCUUCUACAAAAGAAGCUAGUCCGUCCAAAAUCAGAAGACUUGAAAUGUAUUUUAUUCCAAAGUUCACGUAUUUGUAGCUUAGAAGCUGAUUCGCCCAAAACCACGAGACUUGUAAUGUAUUUUAUUUCCAAGUCCAUUCCGAAAUGUUAUAAAGCUCCACGGAUUUCAAAGAGACUCUUGUAGACAAAGAGCACAGCCAUUUUAUUUUUCAUGGGAAUGUAACUGCUGUUAAUACACAUGUAUUCACCCUCUGAAAGACGGGGGGACUUAUUUAACUUAAGAGCCAUGACUACUCUCCUCAUGAAAGGACCCUUCAUGCUGAUAUCGUUUUUUGUGUGUUGUUGGUUUUCAUGUUGCGUCCAAAGUGGUCCAAUGUCUUAAUACUUUUUUUUGGUUUUGUUUUUGUUUGGAACUUGAUUUGACUCAAAGUCCAUAGUUGAAGAAAAAAAAUGUCAUAGGUAAACAUGUACAGCUAGAAAAUUGUGGUAAGCACACAUUGCAACUUUGUACAGUAUUUUGUCUUCUGCACAAGCGCACUGGAAACGUCCAAUGUUUUUCAACAUUCACUCCAGAGAACUUGAUAUGUAUUACUCUUAAAACUACAGUGAUCACUG